UCACGCUUGAAGUCAGCUGACUAAAGAAGUCAUAUGAUACUUUAUAUCAGUUUGUUUAGAGGACUGGUGUUGUACAUAUAGGCGAUCAGUCCAAACACAGUCACUGUGCUAAGCCUGAUCUACAGGUCAAUAACAAUGGAGCGGUCGUGGAUUGGGAUGCUGACUGUGAUGCUGCUGUUUGCUGUGGUUAUUCAGAAAGGCAGCUGUGUUCCAGUUCAAGCCAAAGAAUCAUGGGGUUAUGUGGAUGUCCGUGAUGGAGCUCAUAUGUUCUGGUGGCUUUACUACGCCAACAGCUCCAGCGCCAGUUAUAAGGAACUACCUUUGGUCAUGUGGCUGCAGGGAGGCCCUGGGGGAUCCAGCUGUGGUUUUGGCAACUUUGAAGAAAUCGGACCCCUGGAUAGAGACCUUAAGCCGAGAGAAACCUCAUGGGUGCAUGCAUCCAGUAUGCUAUUUGUGGAUAACCCAGUGGGCACCGGCUACAGUUACACAGACUCUGAAGGUGCUCUCACCAAGGACGUUGCGAUGGUUGCAUCAGACAUGAUGGUCCUCCUCAAGAACUUUUUCUCUCUAAAGACAGAAUUUCAAAGCAUCCCUUUCUACAUAUUUUCUGAGUCAUAUGGAGGCAAAAUGGCAGCCGCUAUUUCCCUCGAGCUCACAAAGGCAAUUCAAGCGGGUUCAAUCAAAUGUAACUUUGCUGGGGUUGCAUUAGGGGAUUCCUGGAUCUCUCCUAUAGAUUCAGUCAUGACAUGGGGUCCUUAUCUUUACAGCACAUCUCUUUUGGAUGACAAUGGACUGGCAGAAGUCAAUAAAGCAGCAAAGGGGGUGCAGCAGGCUGUAGAACAGGGCCAGUACCAAAAAGCCACUGAGAUGUGGUCCGUCACAGAAAAUGUGGUAGAACAGAACACAAAUGGAGUAAAUUUCUACAACAUCCUCACUCAAAACCCCGAUGAGAUGGUGAAAACCAGCUUGGUUCAAAACUCAGAGGAAUUACUUUCGUCACUGAAGCGACGUCACAUUCACCCUUUGCACCGACAGUCUCUUUCAGAGUUAAUGAAUGGACCAAUCAGAAAGAAACUUGAUGUCAUACCAAAGAAUGUCACAUGGGGAGGACAAUCUGGGGCUGUAUUUGUCCACAUGGCAGAAGAUUUUAUGAAGCCUGUGGUGGAUAUUGUAGAUGAGCUUCUUGCUGCUGGGGUCAAUGUCACAGUCUACAAUGGCCAGCUGGAUCUUAUUGUGGACACAGUUGGUCAGGAGCUGUGGGUGAAACGGUUGAAAUGGGAUGGGCUCCAAUACUUUAACCAGAUGAAAUGGACAGCACUGGAGGACCCACAGACCGAGAACCAAACUGGAGCCUUCUAUAAGAAAUACAAAAACUUUGCCUUCUACUGGAUCCUUAAAGCUGGACAUAUGAUCCCAUCAGACCAGGGGCCAAUGGCAUUACGGAUGUUGAAGAUGGUGACUCAGCAGGAGUGAUGGAUCAUAUGCUGACACCUACUGAAAUAUCUUGUUAUCCACUUUUAGACAAUCAACGCUCCAAUUCACCACAACAUGACACUCUUUUUUUUUUAAUUCAUUUGCUUCAGAUUUUAAUCAGUGUUUGUCUUGUACAAUAUGUAAAAUUGAUAUUGUGUGAUCAAUAAAGUAAAUUUUGAUACAGUUUUAAUUACAUCUUGAAUUUUGAAAUGUCUUGCCAAGAAUCCGCUUAUGACACAAAAAUAAACAUAUUAUCUCAA